CAAGCAACACUUAGUGCUUCUGGAGACCGGUUAAGCAACAAUCGGAAUAGAUCAGUCCCGGUUCAAUUUUUGGUUGAAAGAUAUUUGUAUCUUACAAGAAACAAGAGACUAUUUGAGUGUACAUAUCACUUUACCUGCAAAAGGCAUCGCACCUUCCUUUACAUCUCCGGUACAGACCCGUUCGACAGUCUAUAUUCGAUUCUGAGGCUCAUGAAGCCAUUCAUAUUAUGAUUUGUAAACUUCGUAUGGCCACUGGAAUCAUAUGAUAUAAAAGCAUGACAUAUUUGUAUUUAGUUUAUGUUAAAUGAAUUAUAUCGACAAGGGUAUAAUAAUUGGGAAGAGAUAGCGAGAGAAGAAAGGUCUGAAUCUCUCUCCACACACUGACCAAACAGAUGGCACGUCCCUGUAUGUUUCAACAUCAAUUCAAAUGCCUGUUAACGUCUUUUCACAUCACUAGUUUUCUCGACUUUAUUUUCAUUUUUCUUCUAUAUGGUGGGUGACAUUAAAGAAAAAUCUACCCACUUUGGACUUAUCAAAGAAAAGUCCAGUUUUUAAAAAAAUUACUCACCGACCACCUUCCUAAAUUUGGUAUCUCCUCAUUAACUUUUCCACACCUUUUCUGGAAUUUAUUUUCUCUUACAAAUUAUAGAUAAUAUCAAAUAGUAUGAAUUAUGAGAUGGUUAUUUAGCAGCAAACAAAAAAAAAACUAUUUAUAAUUAUUUCUUUACGACUUCUAUCCAAACGACAAUCAACAUGUGUUUUGAUUUGGUUAUGUUAACUAACAAAAAAAACAACUAUUAUCAAAACGACAAACGUGAAACAUAUUCCAACAAAAAAAACGUUUAUACUUGCCACAGACAUCUAAUAAUUGAUUUGAUUACAGACAUAAUUUCAUACUCAUUACAAACCUAAUCACUGUAUUAAUGGAUAUUAUCAUAAAAGAUUAUAUUUAUAUUUGUGUAUUUAAAUGUGCAAGAAGAAGAUCACAACAAAAGUUACAAAAGCGGACUGUCUUGUCUUCUCUCUCUCUCUCGUCAGAGUUCAACCAAGAGAGAAAUGGACGAACCGCGGAAGACAGAAUACGAGAGCGGAAGAGACACGGCGAAGAUGGAAAUGCCGACGCCGGUGAUAAUCUCCGGAGGAGACGAUAACGAGGACGAGUAUACCCCGGACGAAAUCAUGCAGCUCGUCGAGUCUUCUUCACCGACGACGACGAACACCGAGGGAACUAACUUUCCCGGCGAAGCGAGUUUCAGAGUGAGGUUCAUCGACGAUCCGUACGAGAUUCCGGUGGCUGUCCAGUCAUCUUCCGGCUACAUCACGAUCAACGUGAACGAGGAGAGCUGCGGUCCGUCGUUUUCAGACAGCGACGCUUCCGCCAUGGCGAGCGUCGACGCGAGCGGACUGUUCGCAGGUUGCUGCCUUGGUUUCAACGGUGAAAAAGGCGGAGCGUGGGGUGCAAACAAUGUAGGAGCGAGUGAGUGCGAGUGGGACGACGAUUUGCUGGCGAGGUUUCUAGGUGAAGACAGUGUUUGACCAAUGUGUGUCGUCUUGCGGAGAAAGCUUUCCAAGAGGCCGGGGGUAUUUUGGUCAAUUCAAUGGACUGUAGCUAAGUGAAAAUGAUCUUCGCGCUGGUUGUUAAUAGGAGCAGAAAAAGGAAAAAAUCAGUAAAUGGUAGUAAGGACUAAGGAGUAGAGUAGCUGCGUAAUUUAAUGUUGACCAUUAUGCGAAACCAUGUCACAUGACGGUACUAAUGAGUAUAUGGUUUUAGCUUCAGAGAGCUAUUAUGUAAAUUUUGCAAGUAUUAAAUCCCCCGUUAAA